AUCUAAUGCAUUUGAAGUGCUGGCACUCGAUGGAGUUAGUACUGGGAUACUUCAGUUUUAUACAGCCCAGGAGAGUGCUGACUGGCUGAGAGCAAUGUCAACUAACAUCAAUGAUUUGACACUUCAAAAUAUGAAAAUGGCAAACAAAUGCUGUUCUCCCUCAGACCAGGUCAUACAUAUGGGAUGGGUAAACGAGAGACUUGAAGGAAUUGAUUCAUCUCAACUCUACAAAUUCAAGUUUCUGGCACUGAAGGGAUCAUCCUUCUAUAUUUUCAGCACUCCACCGGUAAGCACACUAGACUGGGUACGAGCUGAAAAAAUUUAUAACCUCUGUGAGGUUCUAUUUAAAAUUCACAAGCUCUGGCUUGCUGACGACUGCUGGCUACAAGCAAACUUGUAUUUAGGUAUUCAUCAGGACUUUGAUCUUGAAGACCAGAGGCCGUAUUGUUUCAGUGUUAUGGUUGGACAUGGCAAGAGUCAUUAUUUCAAUGUAGAGCUGGGCAGCGAAUUGGCAGUGUGGGAGAAAUCAUUUCAGAGAGCAAUUUUCUUGGAAGUUCAAAGAACAGGGUCUAAAACAUAUAUGUGCAGUUGGCAAGGGGAUAGCCUGUGUUUCACAGUUGACUUUGCUCUGGGAUUUACCUGUUUUGACAGUAAAACAAAGAACGUACUGUGGAGGUUUAAAUUCUCUCAGCUCAAAGGCUCUUCAGAUGAUGGGAAAACAAGAGUAAAGCUGCUAUUUCAGAAUCUAGACACCAAACAAAUUGAGACAAAG